CAUUCAAGCGCCGGAAAAGUCGCGAUUGGAAUGUGCGCUGGUCGAGUUCAAACGACUUGAGGCGCGAUGYGGCGCUAUGUUGGACGACGGCGGGUGGUUGGGAGCGUUCAGGCGCAAACUACAAUUCUCGUCCGGUGCCGCCACCGCGGGCGUGGACCACUACGACGGACAGAUCGCGCUGGCCGACGUCACCCUGUGCAUAGUCGGACUGAUGGUCGUCAAGGUCAUGAACGGGUACAAUGUGGGCCACAUGGCCACCGCCAAAACGGUAUACACGUUGCGGCGUGCCUGGAAAAUGUACCAACAGUGUUAUGCCUCUCUGCUGGACGUAUACCGCACCGUUUACGACUUGGACCCCGACGACAACACUCCAAGGUGGCCGCCAGUUUUGAAACGCAGACAAUCCACGUCUGCCACCUCGUUGGCUUCGACGUCAAACAUAGGAAGUCGUAUGCAUCGCUCGGCUACCACGUCGUUUGUAACUUUACGUCAAGAUUGUGUAUCAAACGGGAUGUCUAAGGACGUUGUUAGAUUGAUGGCAGCGGUCAGUGUGGGAUAUGGAGCUUUUAAUUUGAUGUUAUCAUUAAUGUCGCCAAUGGUAAUCCCUUUAAUCGGGAUGUUGGGGUUUCGUGGAAAUCGCCGAACCGGUUUAGAAGCUUUAGCGUUUGCYAAAAACGGGUCCGACGUACACGCACCGUUAGCAUGGUUGAUCCUUUCAUGGUAUCACAUGAUGGGAAACACAGAUUACUUGUUCGACGGUCCACAAUCUCGAGAAGAYGAAACUUACGUCAAGGAAUCGGAACAAUUAGUAUGUAAUCCACCUGAAGAGUUCCUAAACUCGACAUGUCUGCAAUACUUUAUUGGGCGAUCGCAUUAUCUCAAGGGUGAUUUAGAACGAUCAAUACGAGCGUACGAGAUUGGAUCAACCGUUGUAGUUGAUAAUUCUUUUGUAAGUAUGAAAACAUUGUGUUUACAUGAGUUAGGUUUCAUGUAUGCAAUUAAAUUGGAUUGGAUGGCUGCGUAUAAAAAAUUCGCAAGUGUAGCAGAAGUGUGGAUGAGGCAGUAUCAUUACUUUAUGGCUACAGUGUGCGCAGGCGCGGCGGGCGAUACCACUACGGCCGAGCUGAUGAGACGGCGUGCUUACGAAGCAGUCAACGGUUACARGUUGAAUACUUGUCAGGGAACGAUGUACAGCUUCAUGGAGAGCAAGGAGACYCAGGUGGCCGAAGCGUUGCGGUGGACGGCGGCGGCCUCGGGCGGAGACGACGCCGACCGCAAUCAUGAUGACGAUGACGGCCGGCGACACUGCCGUCUGAUCGCUUACGAGGUGCUGUACGUCAAGUACGGCGUGGCCAAGUGGCCGGUGGACUCACUGCACGCCGUCCUUUCUGAUUGUCAAGAAGCUGAAGACGACGACAACACCAUGUGGUACACAAAACAAYUGCUGACAAUCGUCUGUCGAAGAGUUCUGAGUUUUGUCGAUGACCACUGUCAUUCCCUGAUCGAAAUUGUUGAAAAUAUGGACCGAAACCAGCGGCGUGAUCACUUGUACGCAUAUGGAGUAUAUGAACUGACCGCCGAACAGAUCAGACACGUCGAAACUAUAGACGAAGGCAAACGAACAGUCCAAAAAUUAAAGGAUUUAAAACGAGAUUACCAUUUUCAGUACUUCUACGAUAUGCGAUGUGUCUCAUUGCAAGCGUACRUACAAAAACUGAAUGUCAGGUGACGAUUUUUUAACUACUACAACAUGAUGAAGUGCGAGAAACAAUGUUUUUAUAAACUUAUUAUUAUUGAUCAAUUUAUUUUGUAUUA